AUGGAAUAUUGUCGUAAAAAAAUCGAGCAACUACUAAGAUUAAAAGAGGUGGGCGAAAAUGAGACCAAAAAUGAGACCAAAAAUGAGGCCACAAAUGGGGCCACAGAUGAGAUCAAUAAUUUUGUAACGAACAAAUUAUUAAAUGAUGUUGUCGAAAUUGUUAAAUUAACAAAUAAAUUGCCAUACACUAAGUCAGACGAUAAUAAUAAUAACACAGAACGAAUAUCAAAUAAUGAAGAUAUUAAUAUUUUAAAAAAUAGCUUAUUAAAAAUUAUUUAUGAUUUAUUAAUAUAUAGUACAAAUGAUAAAAAUAAAAAAAAAAAAUUAUUGGAAAAUUAUGAAAAUAAUACAAUACCAGAAUUAGGGAAUGAAGAAAAUUAUCACAUUAUAUCAUCAGUAUUAGAAGAAAUCGUUCAAAGAUCAGAAAAAUUUUUAAACCUGUUUAAUUUAAAUGAUGUAGACAAUGUAUUUUCAAAUUUACAAAAUAGCAAACUUGAUAACAACAUAAAUGAUAGUGUAAAAUUAGUUAAUACAAAUUUAGAAGAUGAAACUGAAAAAAAUAAUGAGAUAGACUCUAUUUAUAAAAAUAUGAUAAAUAAAAAUAUUUUACAAACAAGCGAAUUGAAUGAAACAAAUGAUGUAAAAAAAAACGAUAAAAAUCAAAAAACAAAAAAAAGAAAAAAGGAUAAUAGUAAUAAUAAUAAUAAUAAUAAUAAUAAUCAAAAUGGUAGUACAAACAAUAAUAUAAUAAAAGAAAAUGAACAUGGAAAAACAAAAAAAAAAAAACUUUUAUUAAAUAAUAAUUCAAAUAACAUUAAAAAUUCAUUGGCACACUUAAUAAAUAAUUAUGCAAAAUAUUUCAUACCACGUAUACAUAUAAAACAUAACAAAUUAAUCGAUUUAGAACCCAAAUUAAUAGAAGCUAUGAAAUAUCAAGAAAAUAUAAUAAAAAUGAAAAAAAAAGCACUAUUAUAUAAUGAUCAAUAUAAAAAUAACAAAUUGAAGGAUAUUAAAAGUAUCGAAAUUGUGAAUGAAAUAUUUAAAGAAAAAGAAAUAAAAGAUUUUGAAACAUUAAGUAAUGUUAGUGAAAUUAGUGAAGUAGAUAAAAAUACAAUAGAUGAUGAUAAAAUUGAAAAACAUUACAAUGAUAUGAAUUCAAAAUCUGAUUUAUUAAUUUUAAAAGAAGAUAUUCCUAUUAAUGAAUAUUUUUUUUAUAAAUUGUUAAAAAAAAUAGAUAAAAAAAUAAAUAAAUAUUGUGAAAAAUAUAAUGUUAUAAUAAAUAAUCCUUAUACAUUUGAAAUAAAUAAUUUAAUAAAUAUGUACAUAAAUUAUGAUGAAAAUGUGCAAAAGUUUUUAAAUAUAAAAAAGGGUUUAACAAAACCAAUAAAUAUAAAUUCGAAGGAAUAUAAAAUAAUAAAUAAUAAAAAUGAUUUAAUAAAUAUGAUAAAUACAAUUAAAAAUACAUGUGAUAAAAUAUCUAUAAUAAAUUUAAUAGAUUAUAAAAAUAGUUAUCAUGGUUUUACUUCCUUAAUUUUAAUAGGAACACAAGAUAUAGAUUAUAUUAUAAAUGUUUUUAAUAUGUUUGAAGAUAUUUAUUUAUUAAAUGAAAUAACAACAGAUUCUAAAAUAUUAAAAAUUACAUAUAAUUCUGAAAAUUUAAUUUUAUUUUUUCAAAAAGAUUUUUCAAUAUAUUUUAUAAAUAUUAUUGAUUUAUUAUUAUGUGCUAAUUGUUUAAAUAUUAAAAAUAGUAUUCCUUAUUUAAUUUUUAAUUAUUUUAAUGUUAAUAUUGGUUUGACAUCUAUUACUUCUGUUCCUUUAGAUAAACCUCUUAGUUUAGAAUCCAUUCAAAUUUUUAGAACACAUUCUCAUUAUUUAUAUAAUUUAUUCGAUUAUAUAAUAACUGAUUUAUAUUAUAAUUAUAUUUUUAAUCGAGUUAAGAAAGAAAAUAUUGAUUCUACAUCUAUUAAAGUGGACAAAUCAGAUGAAGAUAUUAUUUCUCAAAAAGAACAUUGUAUACAAAAUCAAGGAAAUUAUAAUUAUACAUUAAAUUUGUCAAACGAAAUUAACAGAAUAUAUAAUACAAAUGUUUAUGUAAAUUUUGAAAAAAUCAAAUUUUCAGAUAUAACCCCUGAAGAAGAAAAACAAGGAAUAAAUAUAAUAAAAACAAUGUUUAUUAAAAGUAAUGAAAUUUGUUUAAUCAAAUUUGAAAUUCAAAAUGAAAAUGAUAAUAUAUCAAAAACAAAAGAAAAAAUAAAACAAAUUAUAAAUACUUCAUAUAAUACAACUUGUUGUGAUAAACUAAUAGAAAAUAUAUUAAUUUGGAGACAAAAAUUAUCAAAAAAAAUAAAUUUACCAAAUGAUAAUAUUCUUAACAUUCAUAAUAUUAUUUCUAUUAUAUUAAAUGAUUCAACAUCUAUAUCAAAUUUAAAAAAUAAUAUUACUCCUUUAAAUAACAUAAUUUCAGAAAAUAUUGAAUCAUUAUUUGAAGUUAUUGUUAAAUCAAAUAUAAAUAAUAAUAAUCUUAAUAUUGCUAAUACUAAAAGUAAAAAAGGAAAUAUAUUUUUUUAUCAUAAUUAUCUCAAAAAUUCAAAUCAAAAUGAUCAUAUUCCUUUAGAAAAUGAGUCAAAUUUAAUUUCGUUUUGCAAUCAUAAUAAUAAUAAUAAUGAUACUGAGUUAAAUUCUUAUGACAAUUAUAUUAUUGUUCCAAACAUGUAUUUUCAGUCCAUAUCAAACAAUGCCACAAAUAAAAGCGGCGAAAAAAACGAUAAAAACGAGAUAAACCAUUUGAAUAAAGGAGACGAAAUGUUCGCUUUAGAAAAAACAUUUUUUAGUGAGUAUAAAAAUGAACAAGAUGAUGAUAAUGAUGAUGAUAAUGACAAUAAUGAUAAUGAUGAUGAUAAUGACAAUAAUAACAGUAGUAAUAUUAGUAGUAGUAACAGUAGUAGUAACAAUUUUAUUAACCACAAUUUGAAAUGUGAAAAUUACACCUCUUUAUCUUCAUUAAUUAUUUCUAUGAACAAAAUAAAAGAACAAAUGUUAAAUGGCAAUACAUCUAAUAACUCUGGUAAUAAUAUAAAAGAUGAAGAAUUGAAAGUAAAGAAAGAUAUUUUAAAAAAUAAAAAAAAAGAAGGUAACAAUGGUAAUAAAAAUAAACAAAAAUAUAAAUCUUAUAACAAUCAAUAUAAUAUUAAAAAUAAAAAGGGAAAAAUUAGUGGAAAAAACAUUUUAGAUGAAAUUAUGUAA